UUUGUCAGUUUCGGCCGCCAGGGUUUGUUUCUGGGUGUGCGAUUGCCAAAACUGGUUCGGGAUGUUACCAGUGGCCUGGGGGAUCCGGAGCCGUUUGGCCCAAGAUUGGCCAAACCUUUGACUGUUCAAGCCCCCCGACCGCGGCAAGGAUAGCACAGGGAAGCCAUGGCUCGCUCCACGGUGCUCACGGCGUCCGUCCUGCUCGCCUGCGGCGCUCUGAUGUCUGCGUUCGUGCCGGCGCCCGUCGCAUCCAGGCCAGCGGUGCAGGCGCCCGGCGCAGCUUUUGGAGCCGCAGCGCUGGUCACCCCAACUGCCGCCUUUGCCGAGGGCGAGGGCGUGUGGAUCCCGGCGCUCAGCGCGGUGGGCGCGGGCUUCGCCAUCGGCUUGGCGGCGAUCGGCAGCGGCGUCGGCCAGGGCAUCGCCUCUGGCCGCUGCAUUGACGGCAUCAGCCGCCAGCCCGAGGUGGCGGACGACUUGCGUGGCGUUCUGCUGCUGUCCCUGGCGUUCAUGGAGUCCCUGACCAUCUACGGGCUGGUCAUCGCGCUGGUGCUGCUGUUCGCCAACCCGCUGAUCAAGUGAGCCUGGGCUCUCGGAUCGGGCAGCAGGGAUGGCCCCUGCAAUUCGUCUGUCCUCCCAGGGCUCCAGAGCGGCAUUCCGCGGGAGCUCGUGUUUCGAUUUUACCGCGACGGAGCAAUAAGAAAUGGUCCCGGGAAAGUGUCGGGAGCUCCAGGCGGGGAGCGUCAACUCUAC